AUGUACUCUAAAAUUUUGUCAGUGCUAGCCAUAACAGCUUUAGCCCAAGCUGGAGUUUUGGACUACAGUCAUGGUCAUGCUACCUCAUAUGCUUCAUCGAACCUUGGUGGAUCAGAACAUGGACACGGAUAUACUGCUCCUGUUUUAAGUCAUGCUUACACUGCUCCAGUAGCUGCUGCUCACGGAUAUGCUGCUCCUGUAUUAGCCCAUGGUCAUUCUACACACCAUGAUGUAGAUUAUUAUGUAAGCAUGAUGUAUUUGUUUAUUUCUUUUUUUUUUAAUAGAAGUAAAAAUAUUUUAUUAAUUUUUAUACAAAUUUAUUAUCUACUGCUUCAGGCUCACCCCAAAUAUGAGUUCAACUACGGAGUUCAAGAUGGCCACACUGGAGACCACAAAACUCAACACGAAGUCCGUGAUGGUGAUGUAGUUAAAGGUUCUUACACCGUGGCUGAACCUGACGGUACCCUUCGUACUGUGCACUACACCGCUGACGACCACAAUGGUUUUAAUGCUGUUGUUGAAAAAUCUGGACACCCCGUACAUCCCGCACCAUCUUACGGACACGAAAAAGUGCUCUUAGCCGCUCCAGCUAUUUUGUCGGUGUUAACUCUAACAGCUUUAGCACAAGCUGGCGUUUUAGACUACGGUCAUGGCCAUGCUACUUCGUAUGCUUCGUCAAACCUAGGUGUUUCAGACCACGGGCAUGGAUAUUCAGCUCCAGUUUUAAGUCAUGCAUAUGCUGCUCCAGUUGCUCACGGAUAUUCUGCUCCUGUUCUCGCCCAUGGACAUUCCGCACAUCACGAUGUAGAUUACAACGCUUAUCCCAAAUACGAAUUUAACUAUGGAGUUCAAGAUGGCCAUACUGGAGAUCAUAAAACUCAACACGAAGUCCGCGAUGGUGACGUAGUUAAAGGUUCCUACACAGUAGCUGAACCUGAUGGUACCCUUCGUACUGUACAUUACACCGCUGACGAUCACAAUGGCUUCAACGCCAUUGUUGAAAAAUCAGGACACCCAGUACAUCCAGCUCCAUCUCAUGGACACGGAAAAGUGCUCCUAGCUGCUCCAGCCGUCCACCACGCUCCAUUGUACCAUCAUUAA